CGAAGAGUUCGCAUGGAUGUAACAGAAAAUCUUGGCCUGGCGCAGGAAAUUUUGAGAAACGUUAUGUCAAAGUGUCAAAUGGGAUAUUCUGUUGAUUUACCUUGUGGAACACAGAUCAAUCCAGAUGACAUCCUUCAUCCGACGCCACGUCGACAAUCAUUUGUUGUCAUAGAUUGUCCAUCAAAACAUGUCCUGAACAAAUUAUCUUCUUUAAUGUCACGUGAUUUCUUCUCAAGUGACUUGCACAUUCACGUGGACACAGUAAUUCACAUGACCGGAAAAAAGAUAUAGCAAAUUCUAUGGAAUACAAAUCUUGGAUGACAACGUUUGACCCAGAAACGAAACAUCUUAUGAUGAAUGAGCACGUGAUUGAAAGACCAGCUUUCACCGUCUUUGAUGAAGUUUAUGAUAGGUUAAAUAAACUUCACGUGAACAUUUUCCCGCCGCUGUACUAUUCAUUGUUUAUGGAUAAAAUUCACUCUGGUUUUAAAGAUUUUCCUAAGGGUUCUGUCCAUUUUGCUGCUCCGACUUUGAGGUAUAAUUUUCGGCCAAUAGCCUUUGAAGGCUUUGAACAAAACUUGGUGGCUGUAAAAGCUGUAAAUGAAAAGGAAUCGUCGGCAAAUGGAAGUCGUUCAAAUGUGUUCGCAAGCUCUACGUUGAGCAACGAUUUUCAGGUUGUUUUCCUUGGAACUGGUUCACGUAUUUCAUCAAAUCUUCGCAACACUAGCGGGAUUUUGUUGAAUUUGAGUGAUGAAACGUCCAUUUUAAUGGACUGUGGCGAAGGGACGUUGAGACAGAUGUUUUAUCAUUACGGAGACGAUGUGAACACGAUGCUAAUGCGAAUCCGUACCGUGUUUAUCUCCCAUAUGCAUAUUGACCAUCAUUUGGUUCUUGUCAAUAUUUUACGAUAUCGUUAGAAGAUUAUGGGUGAUUCAAGUUUCGUAAGAAUUAUUGGUCCAGAAACUUUGGAUUUAUACUUAAGAUAUUUCGAAAUGCUGUGUGGUGAAACUUUCAACUUCAGGUUCACUCAGUUUUGGUGGGUGAAAAGAGGAUUGGGGAAGAAAGAUGGCAAACAAUUUAGUCGCUCUUUGGGAUUUUCUUCUAUUUCUGUUGUCCCUACGAAACAUAGUGAUUACUCUCAUGGUUUGAUACUUGAACGCAAUGGAUGGAAAAUUGUUUAUUCUGCUGACACAAGACCUUGUAAACAGUUAAUUGAUGCCGGUGAAAAUGCGACAUUACUCAUUCACGAGGCAACAUUCGAUGAUAAGCUGCUUUACAGAGCGAAAGAAACUGCCCAUUGUACCGUAUCUGAAGCAAUCAAAUGUAGUGAACUGAUGAAAGCCGAGUACACGAUUUUAACACACAUCAGCAAUCGACAUAUUUUCCCCUGUAAAUCUUCAAGACUGCCUCAUCACGUGAGCUUCGCUUUUGAUCACAUGACGGUGGAGCAAAAAGAUCUUAGAAAUAUUCGUGGAAUAAUGGCAAAUGUUGAGAGAACCGUUGUAUACCAAUGGAAGAAAAAAAGAAAACAGAAGCAAGCUGUUAAAUCAAAAGUUUCUCCCACUGUGGUGAAUUCUUAAAAUGUCCAUUCACCAACGCAGACAUCAACUUGAUAUUUAGUAAAAUACUGUUCUGCUAGAAAAUGCCCGACUAAAUAUUUAGACUGGCCUAGCUACUUAACCGAACGAAUGAAUUCUUUGCCUUCAAACUUACAGGCUUGCAAGUAAUUUUUGAAUUGAAAUUACCCAACAUUUAGUUUUAUAUAGCUAAUCAUUGCACUCCAGAAAGAUUUUUUACAUUGUGUAGACUCAAGGUGUGUCAAAGGGGGUAAUUUUUAUACUUUCUAUUGACAGAUGGAUAGGCCGACCCCGACAACUGAAGCAGAUUUUUGCGUGGGGGUUACGAAAAGCAUGAACGAAACAUUAAAACUAUACUUACAAAAU